AUGGUUGUGUUUGAUGACGUGUGGCCAAUUCGAUUUUGGCAGUAUGUACAGCAAGCUCUACCUGAUCACAACGUAGGGAGCCGGAUAAUGAUCACGACGCUGAAGAUGAUGAUUGCUAAGGUAAUACCAUUCUCAAUAAUCCACGAGCUUGAAGCUCUAUCUUUGCAAGAGGCAAUGGAACUUUUUUGUAAAAACACAUUUGGCGUUGAUGCGUGCUGUCCUCCAAGGUUGGAGAAACUAUCUAAAAGGAUAGUUGAAAAAUGUGGAAAACUACCACUAGCAAUUGUUGUUGUAGGUGGUCUUCUGUCAAACAAAGACAAGACUGAGUAUGAAUGGAGAAAGUUUUUAGAUAGCCUGAGCUCAAAAUUAGGAAACGAUCCCUAUCUAAAAAUCAGUUGUACUAAUAUUUUAUCUAAUAGUUAUUAUGAUCUUCCUCUCCACAUCAAAUCAUGUGUUUUGUACUUCAGCUUGUUUCCAUAUAACUACUCAAUUUCAUGUGGAAGACUAAUGCGCCUAUGGAUAGCCGAGGGUCUUGUCGAAUACGACGACAACCAAACACUUGAGGAAGUUGCAGAAAAAUAUUUGAUUGAGCUCAUUGACAGAAGCUUGGUUCAGUUUGUGAACAGGGAUAUUUCUGGAAGAAUCAGAAGCUACAAAGUCCAUGGUCUAAUGUAUGAGAUCAUCCUCCAAAAGACGAAAGGAUUGGAUUUUUGUCGAGUCCUGAAAGAAGAGCGAGAAGAGAAUUCAAGUCUCCACAGUAGUACAACGCAGCGCAUUUCAAUACACAAAAGUAUUGAUCACGUUACAGAGAUUAUAAAGGGCUCAAAGAUCCGUGCUGUUUUAAUUUUUGAUAAUCUGCCUGAUAGUUUCAUGAGUACAUUUGUUGGGGAUUUCAAGCUUUUAAAGGUACUCGAUUUUCAAAAUUCUUCUCUAAGUUAUCUUCCUCAAGCAGUAGGAAAACUUUUCCAUUUACAUUACUUAAAUCGGAGAAAUACAGGAGUAGAAAUACUUCCCAAGUCCAUAGGUAAGCUUGUCAACUUAGAGACUUUGGAUUUGAAGAUGUCUCGCGUGAAAAACCUUCCAGCUGAGAUAAAAAACCUGAAAAAAUUGCGGUAUCUAAGGGUAUACAACUUGCACAUUAUCGGUGAUGUUAUCGGAACUGGAAGAGGAAUUACAAUACAGAAGGGUUUUGGGACUUUAACGGAUCUGCAGAAGCUAUAUUUUGUGCGAGCAGACACAGAAGUACUAAAAGAGCUCAUGAUGCUGAGGAAAUUGAGGAAAUUUGGCAUUACUUUAACAAAUGGAAGUGGGAAGUAUCUAUGUGAUUUCAUCGCAAAAAUGGAACAUCUUGAAUCUCUGAUUGUAGAUUCAACAAGUAGAAAAGAGGUUAUUGACAUAGAAUGCAUGUCUUCUCCUCCUCGAUAUCUUAAACGCCUCUGCUUAACAGGGACUGUGAAGAAAAUGCCAAUCUGGAUUCGUGAGCUUGAAGAUGUAAACAGAAUAGAUUUAGAUUUAUCGGGAUUAAGUGAAGAUCCCAUCAGCAUCCUUCACUCCCUGCCUAAUUUAUUUGAGCUUAGGCUCAAAGAUACAUACCAUGAUAAGCACCUGCAUUUCAAAGAUGGUUGGUUCCCGAAACUCCAACAGUUGAGUCUCCUCAUCUUUAGAGGACUGGAAUUGGUGACAAUAGACAAAGGUGCAAUACCUGAUCUCAGACAUUUGGAGAUUGGCCCAUCCCCAUUGUUGAAGGAUAAUAUAACCGGAAUUGAGCAUCUGGGAAACCUUGAGGGUUUCAAAUCUAUCUACAAGUUGAGCUCAACUGUGAUGGGAAAGUAUUUACUGAAGAUAGUCCUCAAGGUGGCGCUUCAUUCCGACAAUCGCAGAUACGAAGCCAUGGAGAUUGCCGCAGCAGUUGAUGGUGUAACAUUGGUGGCACUUGAAGGGGAAGAAAAAGACAGAUUGGUGGCAAUUGGAGAUCAAUUCGAUCCUAUUGACCUCAUCUGUGCCAUACGUAAGAAGAUUGGCUAUGCCGAAUUAAUAACUGUGGAAAAGGAUCACACAGUCAGGAACGGGUAA